AUGGCAUCGGCCCUGGCGCAACCUUGUCGAGCGAGAGAGGAGACCGAGCGACGACAUCUGGACGCUGUUUGCAACACUCAUACAGAGCUACACAUCGGAGGUGUGCUCUCUGUCGACGCGAGAUCCAACACGCACAAAAUUGACGUGCAGCAAUCAGCUUUUCGCCAAGAAGAAGUUCCACUUCAGCCGCAGUGGAGGAUGUCCUGUUUGGAGCGGAAGCGUCCACAGCCAUCCCACAGUAAAGAGGAAGAGGAGGAGCCACCGGCCCCCUACGUUAAAGAGGAAGAGGAGGAGGUUGAUAUCAGCGAGUUGCCACUGACUAUCGUUGUUGUGAAAAGUGAAGAUGAUGAUGAUGAUGAUGAUGAUGAUGAUGAUGACGAAGCAUCCGAAUGUUCUCAGCUUUAUCACCACAGUAUAAGUGAACACCACUACCGCGGACUACAAGCUGACAACCUCUUAGCUCCACUGUCACAUAACGAAGACACCGAAGUGUCUUUGAGGAGCGAAGUAGACAAUGAAGGUGACAACAAAGGCUUGAAAUAUUCCGAAAAAGCAAACAACUCUUGA